GUCAGUUUCUUCGAAUAGGGUUCUCUUUUCCGCGUUAGGGAUUCAAUUCCGUAUCUGGGUUUUUGAAUUCUGACUUGGAUUCAUCUGAUUUCGUUGAAAAUUCUCCAUCUUUGGGUUUCGUUGAUUCUAGGAUUUCGAAAAGAUAUCAUUUUUGGUUGUUGCAGAUAAUGGUGAAAGCAGUGGUUGGUGAAGAUACUAGACUUACUUCUGUUGAAGAUCGUCUCUCUCACUCAGCUAUUCCUGCUGAGGUGGGUCUUGUGAUAGGGAAGCUUAGCUCUGUUCUGGAUCGUGGAUUUGUGUUUGAUUUGAUUCCCACACCGAAACAUGCCCGACAGGUAUCGAGAAUGUUGUUGGGUGGGAUGACGGUUGGUGGUAUCUAUGUAUGGGCUAGUGACACUUCUUUUAAGAAUUCUACAAUGAUUCUUUGCCAGGCUAUAAAAGCAGUUUCGGAUGCAAUACGACAUUUGGAUCCUAGCUUGAAUGAAGCUCUUCUUAUUCACAUAUGUUACAGUCCGAGGAGAUGGAAUUGCCGAACUUGUUUGUUGAGCUCAAGUAUUACAUCAAGUAGUCUUCGACCUUGUGACUUUAAGCUAGGAAAGGUAUUAAGUUCUCUACAGAGGUUUAGGUGCAGCUACAGCUUUAAUUUCAGAUUACCAAUUUACGGUGAGGGUGGGUCAAGUGCACAAACAUUUACGGAUACCCUCCGUAAAGAACUUGCAGUUCAUGCAAAAGAGCUGAAUAGUGCAAAUGCAAUGAUUGAUGGAGACUUGGUGCAUAACGACGAGCCUUGUACCACGGAUGGCGAACAUGAAAUCGAAUUGUUAUUUCCAUUCAUGAAAGAUAGUCGGGCUGAGGCAUCAACUGCAAAGAAUGUUACUGGAAUUCUACUCUUCAGUGGUUCUGUAUUCUCUUACGCCUAUUUGAACGUGAAAGAACCAGUUUCACAAGCUAUUGCUGAUAUUAAGGCUGACAUUUUUAGGAGUCUGCAAAGUAGACUGGACAUUAUCUGUGAUGAGUCCGAGCAGGAUCUCAAUCCAACUGAUGUUGGUGACAAUGAUGAUGCAGAUGAGAUGUCGAAAAUUCCCAUUUCCAAACUCAUCCUCAAUUCAUCUAAAAAAGCAUGUCAUCUCCGUCUUCCCAGGAGAGUUCUUGUUCCGUGGCUGGCGGGUAUGUACAUCUGCGAUUAUCUACAGCCAUUCGAAUCACUCGAGGUGGUAAAAGAACGGUGUACUGAGUUAAUGUCCAUGGAACAUUCUUCUAUCGACGCAUCAAAGAUAUCAGAAGUGGAAACCGAAACAUCUUUAUUGAUCGCAGAAUCAAUGUGGGACGUGAUAUCUCCUGCGACUUCUGCUUCCAGCUUUUACCUAGGAGGGAAUGUGGAAAGAACAAGGGGUGAAGACGAAAACAAGAGACCGAGUAACGCAAGUACUACAUCUAAUGUCCCGAUUUUGGUCGGGGUUUUCGUGCUUUUACUCUCGAUUGUAUUAGGAUUCAUGCUUUACCAGAGCGAUUAGCAAAUAUUAACAGUCUCUGUUUAGACCAAACCACAAAUGAACUUAUUUUUGUUUCCCGCAUUAGAGUUAUAGAGAGAGACCUUUCUUCUUAUUGGAGAAACUAUACAAAACCUUACCUCUUUUUUCGAGGAUACCUUGAAUCAAUUUUAGUAUGCACU